GUCGAGUAAUUAUUAAAGGCAUUCUUAUGCUAUUAUUGUUCUGCUUUUCUCCCGUCGUCUCUAAAGCCUUACUCGAUCCCAUCAUUUCUCAACAGCCAACAUAGUCACAUCCCAGUCCUCGCAGCUGGCUGCCUGGUCAACUUGCCACCCUCCUCCCACGGCCAGGAAAAUAUUAUUCACUCUAGCCCCAAGUCUCCUCGCAUUCUCUCGCGGGUAUCUUAUGUAACCUUCAGGAUACCUAACGCCUCCUUUCAGCAUCGCGGUAGUACAACCAGCUUGUAGUAGCAAUUCCGCAUUAUCACUAUCUCAACAUCUUAUCAGCAUAGUUUUUGAAGCAUUGAUCAAUCUGCCAAGGCGUCGAGGCUUCUUUCGCUGGGUCUGCCCGUCCGGCGCAGGCCAUUGAUCAUGGACCUAGCCGCCUUGGCCACCACUUUACUCCUCUGCGCCUUCAUACCAGGAAUUGACGGUCUCCAUCUGUCACCUCAAAAUGUCACAGACCUCCUUUUACCAUCUUACGACUACAUUAUCGUUGGCGGUGGUGUCGCGGGGCUGGUUGUCGCCAACAGGCUGAGCAAAGAUCCAAAUGUGACGGUCCUCGUUCUCGAGUCUGGACAACUUGAUUGCUACCCCGAUACUGUCACAGUGCCGGGCUUAGUUGGUCACGGCUGGGACGCCACCCAGGACUGGAACUUCACCACAGCCCCUCAGGAAUUUCUGGACAAUGCCGCUCGCCGGUACGCCCAGGGACAUGGUGUAGGUGGCGGGAGCAUCAUUAAUGGUCUGGUCAUGACCCGCGGCGCAAAGGCCGACUACGAUGCUUGGGAGGCGCUCGGAAACCCUGGGUGGGCGUGGCGAGACAUGCUCCCAUACUUCAUCAAGAGCGAGAACUUCACAGCGAAUGUUGACUCGGAUGUUGCCAGCGCUCUCCAUAUCCACCCUGACAUGUCGGUCCAUGGUACCAGUGGUCCCCUGCAAGUGGCUUAUCCGAACUUCAUCUAUAACACGUCCAACUCUUUUCUAGAGGGGCUUUCCGAGCUUGGUGUUCCGCUCCUCGAUGACCCGAACGCAGGUGUCUCCGCCGGCGCCUUCCUCUCCCCUUCGAGCAUGUCGGCUUGGAAUCAGUCCAGAUCUAGCAGCCGGACAGCGUACCUGGACAGCGUGCUGAACCGCCCGAACAUGCAUCUAGCAUCUGGACAGACCGUCACACGUAUCCUCAUAGAGAGCGGCGAGGGGUCUGGCGGCAUUGCCGUCCCGCCUUUCGGGCAUAUUCGGAGGAUUCAAGGAGUAGAGUUUACAUCUUCGUCUUCGUCCCCUAGACGAAAAGUCACCUGCGACAGGGAGGUGGUUCUCGCUGCAGGAGCUAUCCUAUCUCCUGUGCUUCUUCAGAUUUCUGGCAUCGGCCCAACCGCCGUUCUGGACGGCCUAAACGUGUCGGUGCAUAUAGACCUGCCAGGUGUUGGACAGAAUUUCCAGGACCAUGCUAUGCUUACAGCUUUCUACAACUACACGACGCCGGGUCUGUUCUCGUCUGCAAACCUCACUGGUGCCACCCUUGAGGAGGCGAGGAAUGAGUAUUUCAACAACCGUACUGGCCCCUGGACUGCCCCUCUCGUUUCUACGGUCGCCUUCCCGUCACUCGAGUCGCUUACCGCGAACUGGUCGUCGAUCCUGGACAGUGUGUCCGCUACGCCACCCAAGAAAUAUCUACCCUCUGGGCCAGGCCAGCACCCCACCGUCGUCCAGGGCUACGAGCGUCAGCGGCAGUUGAUCCUGCGGUUUCUUGGGCGCACUGACGUUGGCGCUCUCGAGAUCAUGGCUGACAGCGUCGGCACGCUUACGGUCGGGAUCCAUCAUCCGUUCAGUCGCGGCACUGUGCGUGCCAUUUCCGCAGACUUACUGUCGGGAGGCUCCGUCGCCAGAAACGUGCUGCUCAAUCCACGCUACUGUGCGCAGCCAGAGGACUGCGAGGUACUGUUGGCCGGCUUGUUGUUCAAUGGGCGCAUCCUCAAUACGUGCCCUAUGCGGCCACUUGCUGCUCAGCCGCCGCCGCCCUGGAAUGCAACCUCGGGACAAUUUGGCAACACCGAAGCAGAGUCCAUCCUGCUUGGCGCGAUUCGCCGUGGGCUGACGACCGAGUUUCACCCGGCUGGCACAACGAGCAUGCUGCCAUUUGACCUGGGCGGCGUGGUAAGCCCGGAGCUGCGGGUUUAUGGGACAGCAAAUCUCCGCGUCGUCGACGCCGGCAUCAUUCCGCUGCUCCCAGCGGCGCACGUGCAGGCGGCCGUGUACGCUAUCGCUGAGAAGGCAGCGGAUAUAAUCAAGCAAGAAAACAGCCACCAGCACUGGGGCGACGAAUAACACUUUUCCUCUACUAUUUUAACGUCGCUAUCUCGGAGAGCUGUUUUCAUCGACGAAUAUUAUUGCCAAUAGCAGCUACGAAGCCAGUGAAUAUCUGUAUAUUAU